AUGUCACAAAUAAGUCCUCCUAAUCUUCAUGUAACAGUAACUGACCGUGUUGCACUUGUUACUGGUGCAGCUCGAGGUAUUGGUCGUGCCAUUGCACUACGUCUAGCUGCUGAUGGCUUUCAUGUAGCACUGAAUGAUCUCCCAAAAAUGUCAAAUGAACUAGAAAAAGUCAAAACAGAAAUUCAAUUACGUUACGGUGAUAUUAAAUCUUGUAUUAUUUUCGCUGAUGUUUCAAAACAAAAUGAAGUACGUGAGAUGAUUAAUAAAACAGUUCAAGAACUUGGACGACUUGAUGUUAUGGUUGCUAACGCUGGUACACUAUGGACAGGUUCAUUUUUGGAAGCAACAGAAGAAGAUUUCGAUCGAAUUAUGAAUGUCAAUGCUAAAAGUGUUUUCUUUUGCUAUCAAGAAGCUGCCAAACAGAUGAUCAAACAAGGUCAUGGUGGAAAAUUAAUUGCAGCAUCUAGUGUCAAUGCACAUCGACCGUUCAUUCAGUCUUCACUGUAUGCUAUAUCAAAAUGGGGUGUUCGAGGGAUGACACAAGCAGCCGCUAUAGAACUAGCAAAACAUAAGAUUAAUGUCAAUUGUUAUUGUCCCGGGGUGAUUGAAACAAACAUGUUUCAUGAGGGUACUCAAGCAAUGGCUGCACAAACAGGUAUACAAGUAGAUGAUAUACGCCAUAACCUUGUACAUCAGACGACAGCCAUGGGACGGAUUGGACAACCUGAUGAUAUUGCUCAAUGUAUUAGUUUCUUGGCAAGUCAAGGUUCAAAUUUUGUUACUGGACAAAGUCUAAUCAUUGAUGGUGGAAUACAUUAUACUUAG